GGAAGUAACGAAGAGCCGGAAGUCCCAGGGCCUGCACAGGGAAAGAAGUGGGGAGGGGGGUGGAGGAAGACUCAGGGUAGGAAUGGCGGCUCAAAUUCCAAUUGUGGCCACCACCGCCACUCCGGGGAUAGCCCGGAACAGCAAGAAAAGGCCAGCCAGUCCUUCCCACAACGGCAGCAGCGCUGGGGGAUAUAGCGCCAGUAAGAAGAAAAAAUCGGCCACUUCUAGCUUUGCGCAGCACUCAGGCCAUGGUGGCGCAGUAGCUGGCAAGAAGAAUAGAACCUGGAAGAACCUGAAACAAAUCCUUGCAUCUGAAAGGGCAUUGCCGUGGCAACUGAACGAUCCUAACUACUUCAGUAUUGAUGCUCCUCCAUCCUUCAAGCCAGCUAAGAAGUAUUCUGAUGUUUCAGGUCUUCUUGCCAACUACACUGACCCCCAGAGCAAGCUUCGCUUCAGCACCAUUGAAGAGUUUUCCUACAUUCGGAGGCUGCCCUCUGACGUUGUCACAGGUUACCUGGCCCUGAGAAAGGCCACAAGCAUCGUUCCCUGAACCUUGAGAAGGAAGGUGAAGUGCACAACUGUUUCAAAGGCGGACUUUGGACUAAUGAUUCUGUUUUACAGAAACAAACUCAUUCUGCUGUCAAUCUGGAAAUGUCAGUGCUGUGCCUUGGAAAGAAUGUUGGCUUUAAUUUAAGUGGUUUUUUUUUUUUCCUCUGUGUUUUUUCUCCAAGUGUGAUAUUUCCUGUUGAGUUGAAUUAUACUUCAUGUGUUGCCUCAAGUAAAGUUGUUUGACAAGAAAAUAUAAAAUUGUGCUUUUAAUUUAACUCAAGUACGUCCCCGAAUUUUGGCUUCAAAGUUGUGAACUCUCUUAUAACACAUUUAAAGUCUCUAUAAUGAAUCCUGACAACGGGGCUGGGUGAUCCCUGAUCCUAGUGACUCCCUCUUUAGAGCAUAUUAGUUUUUCUCUUUGAUCAGAAUACUUGGAAGACGCCCAAGGUUGGGACUGGAAUAGAAAGGGCUGAGUGACUCGCCCUGAGCCUCAGCUUGAGAAUCAGCCUCUCUUCCCAGAACCAAGAGAGAGAUGUGUCUGUUAUUUAAGCCACCCAGUCUGUGGCAUUUCGUUGCAGCAGCCCAAGCUGCCUAAAACUCAUUUCUGGAGGUUCGGGUAUGAACAUUGACACCCCUUCUAAGAAGGGCCUUGGUCCUGACCCAGGACGCGGCCCCUUUGAGCAAAGCCUGCUGCAGAAAGGCAAUGUUUGCUUUCUCAUCCCACGGGAAGAGGAAGUACCCCUGGGCCAGAAGGAGAGUGCGGAGAUGCGCCCUGAGUCUCUGAGCCCUACUCCCAUACUUCUCUAGGGAGGACAGUGGAACCAGACCCUGGGGUGUCUGGGCCAGAGCUGCCUUUACUUUGGGGGGUUAGGCACCCCGGUGCCUUUUCUUUCUGAGGGAAAUGCUCUCCUGUACCCCAUUCCAGGCUUAGAGAAAAGAAAAAACAAAGCUGAGAGUCAGCCAGGAGAGCAGCCGGCGGGGCAGGUGGCAGCUGCCCGGAAACUGGCUUCCUUCUCUCCAGACGCAAAGCAGCCCCUGUGUCAUUCAGCACCUUCUUAAUAACUAGUGGAGAGAGUUGGAGGGGUGCUGUGUGACUCCCCCACUACACACACACACAAAACGGGGCUGAGGUGAUGGCAGGAGAGGUGGGGAACCUUCCCCAAGACCAUGAGCACUGAAACAUUUGAGCCUCUGGUGCAAGGUUCUCAAACCUGAACCACAUCAGCAUCACCUGGGGCUUUGUGGUAACAGACCAUGAGUCUGAUGCAGCAGGUGUGGGGUGUGGCCCUGGAGUUUGCAUUUCUAGCAAACGAUACUGAUGGUACUGGUCCAGGGACCCCACACUGAAACCAACUGCUAAAACUCAAGUUAUCUCUGCUUCUUGGGUUCCUCUCGCUCCUGCGCUUCCUGC